AUGGCGCCACGACGUGCUAGACUUGCGGCAAGGGCUGACGACGUCCCCGAACAGACUCCACCGCCCAACCCCGGAGACGAAGGGUGGAGGGUUGAGUUUCGUCAAUUCCAGGAGACCGUGUGGCAGCACCUGGCUGCUCACGCCCCACCACCACCCCCGGCAAGAGACCCGGAACCGAGGGAGGAGGAACCACACCAGUCGCCGAUGCCUGCUGCUAUGGCGGGAUACCUUCCUAUCAUCAAGGAGUUGCGGGCGAUGCAUACCCCGCGAUUCGAGGGGUCGGUGAAACCGGAAGCUGCAGAGGAGUGGCUCACCCAGAUGUCUCAGGACUUGGAGUACCUGCAGUGCCCGUACCAAUAUCGGGCUCUGAUUGCGAGCCAUCACCUGUCAGGUCAAGCUCGACAUUGGUGGGCGAAGGUGGUGCAGGAGGCACCAGCAGGACAUCGCUUUACCUGGGAGGAGUUCCGACAGGAAUUCGAGACGAAGUACUUCCAGCAACAGGACCGGGAGUACCGGGUAGCAGAGUUCCUCAUGCUGCAGCAAGGAGAUAUGACCGUCAGCGAGUACGAGGAGGAGUUCACCCGCCUACUGAGGUAUGGAGGGCAUCUGCUAGAGAAGGUAGAACGUGGAGAGCAAGAGGAGAAGGAGGGGAAGAUCCGGGAGCGGAGCCCCGCUGGGAGGUACUUCGGUGCGGGUUCAUCUGGGAGGAACGCCCGGAGCAACGACCUGCGCAACAAGGGCAAGGCGCCCGUUGAUCGUGCCCCACCACCACUAGCAGCAAGGGGACCAGUGAUCUGUUUCCGUUGCGACCAGCCUGGACACAUUGCCUCCCGUUGUCCGACGAGGCCUACUGGACCACCGGCCCCAGCAACAAGGGCCCCACGACCACCAGGCCAGGCAAGCAGACCACCCCGACCACCAGUGAGGACUGGAGCCACACCGAGAGUGUAUGCUCUUGAUGCUGAACGAGACAUCCAGGAGGAGGAGGAAGCUUGUCCAGAAGGAGCGGAGGCUGCGGCGAUCGCAGGUACCCUUUUCUUAUACGGGGUGCCCUGUUAUACCUUGUUUGACACGGGAGCGACUCACAGCUUCGUGAGUACGAACUUAGCGGAUGUGAUCGGUACUAGGGAUAUCGAGCCAAGGAAUGACUUCACCGUGCGCAUACCUUCGGGAGACACCUUGACAGUGCACGGGGUCCUACGAGGCGUACCCCUUGAGGUUUGCGGUCGUCUACUAACCGCAGAUCUCAUUGUGGUACCUAUCGGAGGAUUUGAUGUUAUUCUGGGCAUGGAUUGGUUGAUGAAGUACCAAGCCUACAUUGAUUGUCCCAAGAGGACAAUCUGGUUUGCGGAUGAAUUCGGAGGGUUCGAGUUCCGAGGACGAGGAGCGCCGGCAGCGGACCCGAUCAUCUCGGCGCUGAAAGCCGAGAAGAUGAUUAGGAAGGGCAAUGAAGCAUUCUUGGUAGUCAUUACAGCUACCGAGGAAUCGGAGAGGAGACUAGAGGAUACGCCGGUUGCCCGGGAGUUCCCUGACGUGUUCCCCGAGGAUCUGCCAGGGCUACCACCGAGUCGGGAAGUUGACUUCAGCAUAGAUGUGCUACCGGGUUUGACUGGACAACUGAGUGUGAGGGGAGCUUUAGAGAGUUGA